AUGAGCCAAGUUAUAAAUUUUAAUCCUGUUGCCAUCUCCUCUGCUGCAUACGCUCAGAAAUAUCUCUCAGCAAUCGGUCUAGCCGUCCUUCUCUACGACCACCUCCUUACGCUACCUCAGGAGUGGAUGAUUAUGUCGUCAAGGUCCAGUAUAACACCGACAAAGGUUCUGUUUCUGUUUUUGCGGUAUGGCGUGCUUGCGUGCCAAUUGAUGGGUGCCUAUGUGAUAAGUGGCGCUGUAGAUACUAUGUCAGAACUGUUGCGGUGGUUCUUAUCCACAAGCCUAAUAGGAACCAUCUCUCUCGGAAUGGCGGACCUUAUUAUGAUUAACCGGGUAUACGUCCUUUGGGACCGUCGUACCAAAGUUCGAUCCGCCUUAUUGUGCGGCUUCAUUAUUUUCUAUGGAAUAACUGUGGCCUUCGGUGUAGCGAACAUAUAUAUGCUUUCAGGAAGUGAACUAAUCUAUCCGACAGCUGACCACGAUGCGUUGCUGUCCGAACCAAAUGUCUUUCAUACCUGUUUCAUCCGUCGAAAGCCGAACAUCUGGUCCGGGAUAUGGGCGCCUCAGCUCACCGAUGGCUUUUGUUCAUAUAUGAAGGUUGCAUUCGACUGCUACAUCGUGAUCCUUACUGUCUUGAAUGCAGUAGAUCGUCCUCGGCAAGCGGAUGCAAGGAUUAUUCAUGACCUGCGUCGCGAUGGUGGACUGACCUUCUUAGGGAUUUUCGCUUUGAGAUUAGUGAAUCUUGUGCUCGGAAUAUAUCCCAAUGUUCAAUUUUCGGUUAUCGCGUUUUUGUUGUUCCUGAGGGUGGAGUGUUUGAUGGAGCUGGGAUGUCGAGGCAGGUUUGGCGACUCGGAAAGCAGCGGAUUUAUCAUACAGGAAAUCCACGAGCUUACCGUUUUGCGUUGA